CCCAAAGUUUUGAUGUAUUCCGCCACGAAGGUUAUCUUAGACGCGUCAAUAUCUGGGGUGCGGGGUUCGGUUUACCUUCCUCGUCGCGCCUGUUCCAGCACUCCCGGCAUUUCUUCUUUGGGAAAGCGUGUAUAUUCUACGAACCACAAUCACGCUACCAUGGCCAAUUUUCUGCUUUAG